AUGGCGCGAUCUUUUACCAAGCGCGGACUUCAGGAGGAAGAAAUCCAAUUGCACCCACAAGCUAAAUCUGGCAGUGGACUGGAAUCAACAGCCGUUGAUGAGGCUAAAGGAAAGUACAACCCGGCGAAGAGAGUCUUCAGCCAAGCUUCUGUCCCCAUGUAUACAGAGCUGGAAGUCCAGACUCCAAGACUUCGAUCUGUCACGUAG